GCUUCCGCCCUCGCCUGGCGGGUAAUUUGAACGUUUGCAGGUACAAACUUUCCGCUUGGCGCGAGCUGAACUUGACGACCGCGGCGGAGACUGAGCCCGACCAUAGACAUGUCGGAGCGGCGAACGCGGUCCGGAGGGGCCGCCCAGCGGUCUGGGUCCAGGACUCCACUUACUAAGUCUUCGAAGAGGUCCCAGCGGAAAUCUGGCUCAGAUCUCCCAAACAUCUUUCCUGAAAAUUGGCCGAAGACACCUCAUGCGGCUCCAGCUAGAAAGGCCAUCAUUUUGAAGAAAAUCGUGGCUCAUACAGUAAAGGCCCCAGCUGUCCACACACUUCGAAGGAGUCCUAGGGUCUCUUUUAUCUUGGAAAAAGAAAACAGCCCUCCUCUCAAGGUACCCACUAAGGAGGACCUCUUCAAGACUUGUAGUGUUCCUGGUACCCCCACCAGCACCCCAGUGCUGUAUACUCAGAAUGCUGAUUCUAACUCUGUGGAAGGAGAGGAGCUGGACACCAGAGCCUUGGAAAUGUCCCAGAAAGUCAGGCGAUCAUACAGUCGUCUGGAGAGCCUCAGUUCUGCCUCAACCUCCACCCCUGGCCGCCGAUCCUUCUUUGGCUUUGAGGGACCUGAAGACUUGCCUGGAGUCUCACCUGUAGUGUGUUCAAAGUUAACUGAGAUCCCAAAAGUACCUGCAAAGCCCUGGGUUCCAGACACAACGCUUCCUGGAAUCUCUCCUCCAGUCGUGAAAGAGAAGCGAAAGAAGAAAGUGCCAGAGAUCCUGAAAUCGGAGCUGGAUGAGUGGGCUAUGGCCAUGAAUGCUGAGUUUGAAGCUGCUGAACAAUUUGAUCUUCUGAUUGAAUGAGAUAAAGUGGGGGUACACCUGGCCAGGCUCUCCCCUCUCCUUGUACAUGUUGCCCUUUGAGUAGAGCAGUACUUUUGGGGUCCUCUUCAUUGGCCUCCUUACCCAGAAAAUGUGUUGCUGGCCCCUUGUCAUACUGUGACUAGUUACCCUGGGCUUUCUGCAGAACUCCCCGGGGUUGGGGAGGAGAAGCCACCUUUGCUCUGAGCCCACACUGUCAGAAAUUGGCUCAGCUGUGGGCUCGUCCUCUGCUGUUGCCUGUUGGUGCCUUGGAGUCUAGCCACCAACCAACCAAGAGGUUCUCAGAGUCUGAUAGGGAGCUCACAGGCUGGGGAGACAGGUAAACCCUUGAGCAAGAACUGGACAUGGAGUCUGAGGUGUGAAAGAAGGAGGGUUGGUUUUUGGGGUUUUGUUUUUUUUAACACGAGUGACUGUUGCAUAGGAACUGUUCAUGUCUGUGUUCUGCUGUUGACAUGUUGCAUUGGUGAAUGAGGUACUGAUGCUUAGGGCAAGUGGAUAUAAUUCAUGGUGUGGGCUCCAGAUGCCACCAACUUGAGGUUUGUGGUCUUAGAUCACCUUUUCCUCACCCACAUCUGUUUCUUCAAAGUGAACUGCAGUCUCGGCUCUGGCAUGUGGCCUUCUGCAACUACA